AUGUUCGAAGUAGAAUGGACACCCUCUUGGAAUGACGUUCACUAUGCGAAUAUGUGUUCGAUGUUCGUGGUGGUACUGCUGACCUUCCGACUGAUUCUGAUCAUUGUGCACAGAAAACUAUACUCGAGACCCGUCGUUCUGAGUUUCUUCGCUAUUGUGAGUCAUAAAAGUUUUGAACCAGUUCUAGCUGUGCAUACUUUUCAGGCAAAGUUUGUCAUGGACUACCUCAUGUUCGAAGGUAUUCAAGUGAGACGAUUCUAUUCUCACAUUCAAUUCAUUGAAUCCAUUUUCAGCGCUUCUCCCCAUUUCCGGAACAGAUAAACCUGCAAAUACUCGUGUCCACAGAGCUGUUCUACGUGAUAAUGUCCAAUUUCAUGAUCUACUCAAUAUUCUACGCGGACUUUGUUCUGCCGCCAAAAGCCUUAAUCCACUUUAUUGUAAUCAACUUGACGUCUGUUAUUGUCGCCAUGACGUUGUUGAUUAAACUGGAAGUGGGUGGCACGUUUCCUCAAGGCUUAUGAUAUAAAACGUUGUUUCAGAAUCGUUUGUGGUACUUGGCAAUUGUGAUAUCAAUCCAUUUGUUGGAUGUGAGUGACUGACUAUUGGUGACUGUCGUCUAUUAACACAUUUGCAGUUUUUAUGUACUUGGACAAGUGCAUUGGCAUCGCGAACUGUGGCGUGUACAACCCGCUCGGAAGAGCAUUCAUCUACGUGUCCGUUCUGUUCAAUCUGAUUUUCGAUCACCUCCUCCGAAUUCUCUACCUCUCGAACCUGCUCCUUCCGUUUCUAAACGACUCUUUGCUCCUAGACAGACUCUUAUUCGUCAUCCAACUCAUUUCACUUUCCUCUUCAUUUCCGUUUUCGUUUUUUAUCGACGACACAAUUCUCACAGCAUCGGAUCGGUUUUCGGUGAGUCUUCGAGUCAUUCUAAAAAGAUACACCCCGAUGAUUUCAGUGUUGGCCGAGAAAAAGGCGAAUGACACAGAAGUUCAUGAGUAUAUAUUCGAGAAUACCGCCCGAGAGCUCAUGAUACCAGAUGACAACGAGCUGAACACAAUCAGCGAGUUGGCUUCUGACGUCGUCGACUUCGAUCCAGAAGAUGAUCUCGCUUUCGCUUCUUCUUCUUCUUCUUCUUCUUUGUCUUCUCCGGAUCCAGAGAAAGAUCGGAGGUCUCCGGAAGUGUUCACAACUGUGGAAUCAGGAAGAUCGCGAUGGAACAUUCUGAGGCGGACAAUAAAUAAGGUGGCAUCCGCUUAA